CCGGGAGGCGGAAAAUGGCGCCGACGUGAACGCGAGCCUGCAUCUCCGAGAGGGUACUCGCCGCCUCGAUCGGAGCCGCCGGAGCCACCGGAACAAGAGGCCGAUCUGAGUGGAGGAUGGAGGAGCAACCCUUGGGGCCCAGCCCGGAAAUGCCGGCCACCGAAGAGCCCAACUCCAGUGAGACAGACAAGGAGGUGUUGUCCCCGGUUGUGGCUGCUGUAGCCACCUCCUCCAUGGCAGAGGAGUCAGGCCUUGACCAGGCAGCCACCUCCCCAGUGUGGGAACGUGGAGGGCCCGGAGGGACACAGCAGGGUGCCUCCCCAGCCCCAGACACCUGCCAGCCUGGCCCUGGACCCAGCCCUGGCACCACCAGCACAGUCUCUGUGACCAGUGAGGACCUGCGGCCUCCCAGACGGCGCCCACCACCAGGGAAGCAAAUACCUUGCUCCAGCCCUGGCUGCUGCCUCAGUUUCCCCAGCGUUCGUGACUUGGCACAGCAUCUGCGAACCCACUGCCCGCCCACACAGUCCCUGGAAGGCAAGCUCUUCCGCUGCUCAGCCCUGAGCUGCACCGAGACCUUCCCCAGCAUGCAGGAACUGGUGGCGCACGGCAAGCUGCAUUACAAGCCCAAUCGCUACUUCAAGUGUGAGAAUUGCCUUCUGCGCUUCCGCACGCACCGCUCUCUCUUCAAGCAUCUGCAUGUUUGCGCAGAGCAUGCGCAGAGCCCAGCCCCGCCACCACCCCCAGCCCUGGAGAAGGAGCCACCUGCGCCUGAGCGCCCCCCGGAGUCCGACCCUGCGUCGGCCGCGCAGGGCCUGCAGUUCCCGCUGCUCGAGCCCUUCACGACCCCUGCCCCUGCCCCCACGCCCACUGGGCCCUACCUGCCCUAUUUGAACCCCGCGCCCUUUGGCCUAAGCCCCCCACGCCUGCGCCACUUCCUGGCCACCGCGCCCGGGCCCCCGGCCUCCAGCGCCGCAGUCUGGAAAAAGAGCCAAGGUGCUGGAAGCAGCCCUCGAAGACCCCAGGGCGGCUCCGAUGCGCCCUCAGGGCACGCGGCUCCGAGCCGCAUCGUGUGGGAGCACACGCGGGGCCGCUACUCAUGCAUGCAGUGCGCCUUCUCCACGGCCUCGCGGCCCGCCAUGACGCUGCACCUGGAGGACCACCGCCCCGGCGCCCCAGCGCCCCCGCCGCCGCGUCCCGACACCCCGGCGGAACCGGCCCCGCUUGCACCCAAGGUGUCGCCGCUGCUGUCAGAGGGGGAGCUUCCGGUUUUCUCGCCACUCUGAACUCUGCUGCGUUGGAGUGGGCCCUGGGGAGUGGGUAGUUUUGUAAGUUGGGGGAGGGAAGGGACAAUAAAGGAGGCGCGAUGAGCCGGCCU